AUGUCCGCAUACUAUCCCUCUCAAGCGGGCUACGCCACUGCCCAGCCCGUUGUCUAUCCCGCCAGCGCCGGAUACGCACAACCGGGCUAUGGGGUCCCAAUGGCGGCCAGCUACGCACAACCUGCUGGUGGUGUUAUGAUGCCGCCCGUCGUUUCUUCAGCCGUCGCCGCCCCAGUGGUUAUGCAACCUAGCUAUGGAGGUCAUUAUCACCACCACUCCUUCGGAGCGCGUCUCCGUCGCUUCUUUGGCCUUGCGCCCAGCAAUGGCAUUCGGUACAAGUCAGACCGAUCCACCUGGGGGUUCAUGGGCUACUCUCGCCGUCCGCGAUACAUCGACGCGCGGACAGGCGGUGAGGUCGACCGGCAGGGUCGACCAGUUUACAGAGUCUAA